CUUCCCCUGCCGAGUGCUACAGUAGCGGUCACCAAGUGGGAGAGAUCUCUCUGAUAGUGCGUUGUCCUCUCAACGGACCUGAACCUAACGCGAUCUCGAAAGCCCAGGACUCCGCUCACCUGCGUCAUGGCAGUCCCAGGUUGCAACAAGGACAAUGUCCGAGCAGGCUGCAAAAAAUGUGGCUACCCUGGCCAUCUGACUUUUGAGUGCCGCAAUUUUCUCCGGGUAGACCCCAAAAGGGACAUCGUGUUGGAUGUCAGCAGCACAAGUAGUGAGGACAGCGAUGAAGAAAAUGAAGAACUGAACAAAUUGCAGGCUCUGCAGGAGAAAAGAAUAAAUGAAGAAGAGGAGAAGAAAAAGGAAAAAAGCAAGGAGAGACUUAAAUUGAAGAAAAAGAGGAAAAGGUCUUACUCCAGCUCCACCGAAGAGGACUCUUCAAGACAAAAGAAACAAAAGUAUCAGAAAAAAGAAAAGAAAAAAGAAAAGAAGAACAAAUCAAAAAAAGGAAAACAUCACAAAAAGGAAAAAAAGAAGAGAAAAAAGGAAAAACGUUCUUCCCCUAACCGUUCUGAAUUCACUAAAAAGUAACUGCAUCUUUGGCCUAACUCAGGAAAUUGAAGAAUUCAUUAUUUUUAAUUAUUGUACCUUCCUUGGAAUUACUAUAUAAUUACACUUCACAGAAAAUCCCAGCCUCUUCCAUAAAGACAUUUCUCAAGUUUUGGGACCCUUGUCUCUAUGCUCAUCUGUAUUAAAUACAUCUUGUUACUCGACAGCCAUGCCUCAAGUAUAGAUAUUUGUAUUUGUGUUUCUGUGUGUUAGGCUAGCAUUGUCACUUCAUGAGUUAAUUAUCACAUGGCUUUACUGCCAUGUAGAUUUCCAAGUAAUCUACAUAGCAGCUACUGAGUGGUAUCCACCUUCCAGCAACAUAGCUAGGUUGGUGGUAGUGAUUUGCUCUUGAGGAAUUUAAUAGCUUUAUCUACUGUGUAAUGUAUAAAGAUAGUGAAGUUCUUCACUGUUGUUUUUAAUUCUCUAGGCUUUUUAAAUAAUAUCACUGAAGAUAUAAAACUGCUUUAUUGAUCUUAAGUUUUUAAAUGAAUGGGAUCUAUAGGAAGAUAAUGAAGGUAUUUAUAACAAGUGUCAUUGUUUUAUGAAAUGCAUGUUUCCAACACUUGUCUCCCGUUUUUAUGAAAAUUAAAAUAUCCCCUUUUUAAAGAGACUCACUUAGCUUACUAGAGAGUCUGGCAGGGAGAUUCUGUGCUGGUCAGGAUUAUCAGGGUCGACCCUAGGUUGUGAACACGUGUGCCACAUUGACAUGUCUUACAGUGAUACCUCAAACACAGAACUUUUGUGUAGAAACAGCAAAAUCCUCAUUAAAGCUGAUUUUUAUUAUA